AGCCCUUCGAAUAAGUCCGCAAAAAUUCAAUUGUUUCUGCGCGCACACAGUUCUGCCGCUCUCCCUCGGAAGCCCUUCUGAAACUCAGCAGCAGCUGCUGGAAGAAAUUGAAUUGAAGCAAACGAUUUAGGUAUCAAGUGGGGGAACUACCUCGCUGCAAUGGGGAAGCUGGGAAAGAAGGCGAGGAAGUUCGCCAAGAAGAAUCUUCAGUCGGUGAUGAAGAGGCAGAGGAAGCAGAAGUCUGUGUUCAAGAAAAGAGCAACCAAAAAAGAGGGCCGUGGGGAUAGAGCUGUAGAAGAAGAAAGUACACAACAGACUAUUGACAGAAGCGUUCAAGUUGAGGAUGUUGGAGCUCUUUCGUUCGAUGCAAUGUUCAAUGAGCAUGAUAGUGAUAUGGCUGGAGAUGAUUCUGGAAGUGAUGGUUAUUUAUCAGAGGAGGCAGGCUGUGUGGACAUGGAUGAAGGAAAAACGGAGAAUAACCUUGAAGGUGAAGACAUUGUUGACAGUCCUGAGGAUACUGGUGUAUCUGUGAAGAAUAUAAUUGUUUUUAAGGAGCUAGCAACGCAGAAGAAAAAAUUGGACAGAUUGAAAGAAAAGAAUCCAGGAUUUGUCAAAUAUCUUGAGAGCAAGAAAAGUGGUAUUCACUCCACAAAAGAAGACAAUCAGUCAUCAGAUGCAGAUGAAAGCGAUGAUGAUAGAGGGCAUUUGAAUGAUGAAGAUGGAGCAAUAUUAGGAAUUGGCAAGUUACUAAGUAGUUCUACUGUUGAUUCGUUGUGUCAACUUGUGAAGGACCAGCAUGAUGUGCCUUCCCUUGUAAGGCUUUUAAAUGCUUAUAGAGCGGGGAGUCAUUAUGGAGCUAAAUCAUUUGGUGUUCUCAGAGGCUCAGGAAGUCUUGCAAAGAUUAUGAUAUUUGUGCUUCAUGAGGCCAAUGACGUAUUCCGAAAAAUUCUGGGAGUUUCAAAUUCCACUGAAAAGAAGGUCAUUUUGGAAUUAAUAAAUUCCGCGACAUGGAAAAAAGUGAAGCCGCUCAUUAAGUUGUACUUGAGAAGUACCAUGUUUCUUUUGAACGAGGUUACAGACUCGGAGAUAUUGACUUUUGUGAUCAAGCGACUAAGGGCUUCUAUGAUCUUUUAUGCUGCUUUCCCAUCUUUACUGCAGAGGCUGAUCAAGAUAUCAUUUCAUCUUUGGGCAACAAGUAAAGGAGCUCUGUCAGUGCAAUCAUUCCUCGUCAUACAAAAUGCGGCUGCCAUGUUUAACUCGGAUUGGUUCGACACAUGCUUUGACAAGGCGUACAAGACCAUAAUUGGGCACUGCAAAUUUGUCGAUCCAGCCUUCUUCGAGCACCUUCAGUUUCUUAAGAAGUCCUUUAUUGAUUUGUGUUCUCAAGAUAUGCAGAAAUCAUUAAGGAAGGCAAUUAUUUCAAUCAGACAACUUGCUAAGAUUUUGCAACUUGGUUUACAAACUAAGCAGAAGGAAGCAGUAAAGAGAAUAUGCAGCUGGCAGUAUGUGAACUGCAUUGAUCUAUGGGUCGAGUUCAUAUCAGUCAAUAUACACGAUUACAAUCUCCUGCCGUUGCUUCAUACCAUGAUUCAGAUCAUAAAUGGAGUAGCAGUGCUUUUCCCUGGACCAAGAUACUUGCCUCUGAGAGUUAAAACUGUUCAAUGGUUGAAUCUUCUCUCCAGUUCCUGUGGUACAUUCAUCCCUGUUGCAUCUUUGGCGCUGGAUAUUUUAGAAUAUAAAAUUGACAAAGAGGGCCAGAAUCCUGGGAAGGAUUUCAACUUGUCAUCUGAUGUAAAGUUGCCAAAACACUGGAUGAAAUCUCGAAACUUCCUGGAAGCAUGUGUUUUCUCUGCUCUUGAACUGCUUGCCGUGCACUUUGCUCAGUGGGGCUACCACAUAUCUUUUCCUGAUCUGGCCACUAUUCCGUUGAUUCAUUUGAAAAAAUUCCAUGAAAGAACAAGCAUUGAGAGUUCCAGGCGAAUGGUGAAACGUUUUAUAGAUCAGGUGGAACAGAAUGUCGAGUUUGUGCGCAAGAAGAGAGAUGAAGUUGCUUUCUCGCCAAAAGACGAGCAGUUAGUCGCGUCAUUUCUUCAGACAGAAAAUUCGAGUGGCAAUCUUCCAUUUAUCCAGUACUACAGGAGUCUAAUAGAAAAGGCAGCUUCUAGGGAUCUGCUUCUCAGUAAAAACUUGAGUUCUCAGGAGCCCAAGAAAACGAAAGGAAAGAAGCAACGACCUUCGAAUGGUGCUAUCAAUGCUGCUAAAGAAAUGGAAAUGGGUGAAGAAUAGAUGGCUCCAGUGAGCCUUACUGUAGGAUGCUUGAGAAGCCAAUUUUGUUAUCUAUACAAGAAGCAUCCUAUAGCAAGUCCUUAGGCUUAGAUAAUUCAGUGACCUAUGUUUUUGCAGAUUUGAAUUUUGAUUUAUAUCAUUAUAUUUAUAUGAUAUGAACAGUUAAUUGGGUUGAAUGACCUAUUUUGGCCAUAUACACUCACUCUGACAUAGACAUGACUGAUCAUAAGCAAAGAACAUAGAGGACAUCUUUUCAGCUUCUACUGCAAAAAAGAAUGUCUAUUUGGUUGUUUGUAGUAUCAAUAUUCAAUAGUAGUUGUAAAUAUCCAGCUUUUUAAACUACGAGAGAAGGAAAAGAUGCAAUUUUGUUCAUCUGGGGAUUACAUUCACACCUCAAGUGGUGAAACAUUGAAGCCACUGCAGAAGAAAAUUGCAGUCGUGCUUCAAGUUGAUUGAUUGCCGGCGGCCUCUUUUACUACAACUUUGAUCAUCAUCUGGGCUCUAUCAAAAUCAUCAGCAAACAUGAAUUGCAGACGAACUCUCUAUGUCGAAACUUGCUCCUCCGUCUUUCAGCGACAUAACUCAUUAUCAUAAUCUGAACUAUGUUCUAAAAGUUAACAAGAACUCACACAGAUGGUAAUGGCACGCAGACGAAUGAGGCUUUAACCAUACUACUGCCUUGUUCCCCACUGCAACCCAAAACCCCAAGCAACCCUGGCCACGAACCCUUCUUGUUCCUACUCCUGUCGACGACCUUCUUCGCCACUUCUUGAUUAUUCCUUCCAUCAUCGUCGGACUUGGUACUGCUGCUCAUCUUCUUGCUCUGCCUGAACUUCAUGUCAUUGAGCUCCAUCUUCACGGGGACCUUCCCUGCUCCAAAAGCAAGCACAUACCACCUCGAUUUCAUCGUCGAAGGCACUCUGGCUGCUGCUGCUGAUGGUAGUGGUGGUGAUGGACGGGGUGAGAAUGACAGUGGUAAUGACCAUAACCUUUUCACUUGCUGGCGAUUGGAAUAAUAUUCUGCUGGUCUUGGUUCAUUGUGGGACGAUGAUCUCCUCCUAUUGAAGCUAUUCUUACUGUCAAAAACCCCUUCUUUGAAGCUCGUUUCCUCUGUGUUGUUGCUGCUGUUGUUGUUGUUGUUGUUGUUGUUG